AUGUCUGAUCUUCUUGUUCCCGAUACGCGGGUGCUGGCUGUCGCCAGCCAUGUUGUCUAUGGCCAUGUGGGAAACUCAAUGGCAGUGUUCGUUAUGCAGGUCUUGGGCUGCGAUGUAGCAUCUUUGAAUACCGUGGAUUUCAGCAACCAUACCGGUUAUCGUCAAUUCAAAGGCACUCGGUCUACUGCAGAGCAGAUAUCAGAGCUCUAUCAGGGGCUGCUUCAGAGUCACUUAACGGACUUUGACGUUAUGCUCUCAGGUUAUGCCCCAAGCGCUGCCGCCGUGGAAGCCGUGGGUGCUAUUGGCAUCGACCUGCAGAAGAAAGCUGAGGGAACCCCAGGCUCCUUCUUCUGGGUACUGGAUCCCGUGAUGGGUGACCAAGGCCGACUCUACGUCAACGACGACGUGGUCCCGGCCUACAAGAAAAUCAUACAUCACGCGGACUUGAUCUUACCAAAUCAAUUCGAAGCGGAGGUCCUCUCCGGAAUUAAGAUCGACUCACUUUCCACUCUUGCGGAGGCUAUCAAUGUGAUCCACUGCACCUACUCCGUUCCCCAUGUAAUCAUUACUUCUGUCCAGCUCUUCAAGUUAUCCCAGUCAGGCGCAGUGCCAAGCCCGUCGAAGAACUUGCUAACCGUCAUCGGCUCCACGAUCCGCUCCAACGGGUCCCCUCGCCUCUUCCGCAUCGACGUACCUGCGAUUGACUGUUUCUUCAGCGGAACCGGGGACAUGUUCGCCGCUUUGACUGUCGCGCGUCUUCGCGAAGCGGUUGCUGCCGCCGGUCCGGCUGUCCAAGGCGCACGCUCCUGGGUCUCGCCAGAUGAUGUUACCGCCAGCAACCUUCCAUUGGCACAGGCUACGUUGAAAGUACUCUCAAGCAUGCACAGUAUCUUGGAGAAGACUCUGGAGGCUCGCGAUGCGGAGUUGGCCGCCGCGCCGCCUCUCCAAAACAGCACUUUGACCGCCGAAGAACAGCAGAAGCAAGAACAUUUACGGCGCACGAAGGCCGGUGAAGUGCGAUUAGUCCGAAAUGCACGGUUCCUCCGAGAGCCCGUGGCUCAAUUCACUGUGCAAGAAUGGCUCAAAGAAGACCUCCCAUCUUCCCUGCAAUAG